AUGACACAGUUCAACCUACUCAACCAAGACGGGACAGACAUCCCGGACGACUGGUUUCUUCCAUGGUCGAGUCAAGCAGAUAGGCAAGCAUCACCGUGCGGGCCUAUCUGGAAGUCAGCAAUCGAGCACCUUAAAAACAACCGCGAAACUCUGAGGAAUAUCACUUUUGAGAAAGUGGCACGUCUUAUGACUCAGCCCCUAACUGAUGCUCACCUCUCAGAAUUGGCACCAGCAACAGCCAAUAACGCAGCCAAGCGCCAGCCACUGGAGGAUCUUUGGAGAUUUUUCAUUGCGGCGCUGAUCGAAUGGCCAUCAAACUACACAUCGAAGCUGGCCGGGGUUCUGGAACAUAUCCAGAAACGUCAAGGCGGUCCUUACCAGGGACAAUUGAUGGUUGAAGGGGAGCUCCUUUUAUGGCAAGAUCUACCAUACUUUGAGCAUGCCUGGCGCCGCGAGUGUCAAAUACCAUUGGAACUCAUCAUCUCAGUAUGCUUGAAUAAGAAGACCCUAGAACGCGCCCGUAUACGGUACAUCAAGGAACAGGAAACUGCGGCCAUCAUAACUUCUUGUAAGAUCUUUGAAGAGGGUCUCUUUACCUAUCAAGAGGCAUUUCGACACAUGGUCGAAACACUUGAGCGGACACCCCUAUCUCUCGUCCCUUGGAUCUCGUCUUUCGACUUUGUGGUGCUGAGUCAUGGUUACGGCAUUGUGGUACGCAUUUAUACGCUCUGA